CCGUUUGGCCCACGGCCGACGCGCAGAAUUGCUCGCCCACUCAUUUCAAGCGCCAUGGCCACGGAGGAUCCAGACCGAACUGCCGUGGCGGAGGUGUCCAGGGCUGCCGCCGCGCCCGCCGAGCCCGUCGCGCCAGCCGCGGCCCCGCCCAGCGACUCGGGCCAGGCGCUGCCGCAGGACUCCUCGGAAGACGCCACGCAGAAGGAGGUGAUGAGGCAGCUCUGGAAACUGUACGAGGAGGUCGUGCUGCCGAUCGAGGCGGAGUCUCAUUUCUGGCACUUCCACAACCAGCCGGUGACGAAGUCUGAGUUCCUGUCGAACCCACAGGUGCUGCUCGUCGGGCAGUACAGCACGGGCAAGACUUCGAUGGUCAAGUGGCUCACGCAGAGCAGCAGCGCCCACUUCGACGUGCGCCCCCAGCCCAGCACCGACAAGUUCAUGGCUGUGGUCCACGGGGACGAGGAGAAGAUGGUGGAGGGCAACACCGCGAGCUGCCUGCCGCAGCUGCCCUACACGGGCCUGGCCAGCUUCGGGGGGAGUUUCCUCAGCAGCUUCCAGGCGCUGGUGAUGCCCGUGGACCUCCUGCGCGGAAUCUCCUUCAUAGACACCCCGGGCGUGCUUGCGGGCACCAAGAACAGCAGGGGCAGGGGCUACGAUUUUUACGCGGUCUGCUCCUGGCUGGCCGAGAGGGCGGACCUGGUGCUGCUGACGUUCGACGCGCACAGGCUGGACAUUUCCGACGAGUUGGUGAAAUUGAUGGAGGUGCUCAAGCCCCAUUCCAAUAAGAUGCGCUGUGUGCUGAACAAGGUGGAUCAGGUCACUCCCCUGGACCUCGUCAAGGUAUAUGGGGCCCUCACCUGGAACCUCGGCAAGGUGCUCCAGACGCCCGAGAUCACCAAGGUCUUCGCCAGUUCCUUCUGGGAUCAGCCGUACAAGUAUGGCGAGCACAGGAAGCUCUUCGACGAGGACAAGGAGGCGAUCCUGAAAGAGCUCUACGCUCUGCCUCGGACUGCGCUCAUGAGGAAGAUUGACAUACUGGUGUCACGGAUUCGCCGCGUCCGUGCGCAUUUCUGCAUAGUGGCGCACAUACGCUCGCAGCUGCCGUACUUGCAGACGGAGGCGGGCAGGCACCGGUGGGCCUCCACCAACCUGCCGCAGCUGCUCAGCGAGGCCAAGCGCAGCAGGGGCAUCAGCGACGGCGACAUGCCGAAGGAGGAGGCCUUCAGGGCUAGCCUGGCAAAGUUCGAGGGGCUUCACCGGCUGCCUGCUUGGCAGGCCGGGCGCGUGGACAGGCUCACCAGGCUACUGCAGGACGAGGUCCCCCAGCUGCUGGCCAGGGUGGGCGGCGUCACGCACGCCGCGUUCGCCAGCCCGCUCCCCGCGUCGCUGCUCGAGCCCGAGCCGGGCGCGUGGCCCUGCACCAAGCGCAGAAGGACCCAGUGA